GUAGGUUUUGGAAGUACCAAUCAAUUGCUCUACUUGCAUUUCUCCGUUUUGUAUUGGGUGAGUUAAUUGCAGCCAAUCACACAGAUGCUUUCAGAAACACCAAUCCAUAGCUGUAGAUGGGCGGUCUCUAUACCAUGUGACAGAACUAACCAGUAAUAGUUUGUGCUAUUAGGCAGCCUUAUUUGCAUGGGAUGGCUAUAAAAGCAGCAGCCCGGGAGGCGGAGAGAACAGUUUUCUCGUUUAUCGGAAAGCGUAAGGAUAGUUGAUCAUGCCUGAACCAGCCAAGUCCGCUCCAGCCGCGAAGAAAGGCUCCAAGAAAGCGGUGACCAAAACCCAGAAGAAAGAUGGGAAGAAGCGCAGGAAGACAAGGAAGGAGAGUUACGCCAUUUACGUGUACAAGGUGCUGAAGCAGGUGCACCCCGAUACCGGCAUCUCCUCCAAGGCCAUGAGCAUCAUGAACUCCUUUGUCAACGAUGUGUUUGAGCGCAUCGCAGGGGAAGCCUCCCGCCUGGCUCAUUACAACAAGCGCUCCACCAUCACCUCCCGGGAGAUCCAGACCGCGGUCCGCCUGCUGCUGCCUGGGGAGCUGGCCAAGCACGCCGUGUCCGAGGGCACCAAGGCUGUCACCAAGUACACCAGCGCCAAGUAACUGCUGCCCCAUCUCCUGCCCUACUCCCGGCAACACAAAGGCUCUUCUAAGAGCCCCCACUCUCUCCCUAUAAGAUCUGUAAAUGGUUAUUGGCUAUAGGAGGUCUUUGUAGUGUGAAUGAGCGUUUAUUUGUGUGGAUGUUGUGGCUAAUGGAGAAAAACUGCUGUACAACAGCCAGUGACAUUGGCAUCAGGAAGAAUGUCUGGGGUACAAUUAUUUUUGGCAGGGCUGAAGCUGCUCAUGUGGGGUGAGACACUACCAGAAGAUUCUGGAUAUGUGAGGGGUAAUAAGUAAAAUAAUAAAUGUAUUUACCGUAUUUGCUCGAGUAUAAGCCGAUCAGAGUAUAAGCUGAGGUACCUAAUUUUACCUAAGAAAACUGGAAAAACUUACUGACUCGAGUAUAAGCCGAGGAUGGGUAACUUUAAAUUACACUAUUCACCUGUAUUAGCAAUACUAAUCACAUGAUAUGGAUAUAUCUGAUCAGCAUUGCUAAUAAUAGAGCGGAGGGGGGCACAGAGCGGAAAUAAUUGGAAAUACUGUAAUUAGGUACUAAUUAUAGGUAAUUAUUGAUUGAUUAAAGUUAAACACACAUGAUGUGUUAAACACACGUUUAACUUCAAUCAAUAAUUCUUAACUAUAAUUAGAUUAUAUUUAGGUAUUCAUUAACUCUUUAUGCAUUUAAUAU